AUGACUUCAUGGGCAUACAUUAAAACGAUAUCCAGCUCUACUUUUGUUUCUACUUCUUCUCUUUCAUCAACAGAAAAAAACCUAUCAAAAAAUACCAUUCGUAAAUUUGUUGUAUUUGCAUCAUCUAUUUAUUCUGAACUUCGAUCAUAUAUAUUUUAUACACCUAUAACAGCAGCUGCAUGGCAACGGAUAGGCUAUAAUGUAAUUGUUAUUUUUGUUGGUGAUUUUACUACUACUAAUAAUGAUCGAUCAUUAUUAAAACAACUUAAUAUAACUCGAAAUUUAUUAAAACGAUUAGGUGUGUAUGUAAUC